AUGGACGAUCUCGAAUCAUUAGAGCUUCUUUCAUUAGUAUCUAAGGUCACCUCUGAGCUUCAGAACUACCUAGGAAUUAGUGACAAGACCCUCGCUGAGUUUAUAAUUGCACAGCAUUCAGAAUGUAAGAACAUUAAAGAAUUUGGGAACAAGCUAGAGGAGAUGGGUGCAGAAUUUCCACAUAGUUUGAUUGAAAGUAUCGAUCGAUUAGUAAAAGCGUUGCAUCCAAGGUACCAAGGGAAACUUCACAACGAUAACAAUGGGAUAAAGAAAGAAGAAAAGUCCAAAGUCUUCAAGGGUCUAGCUUUGCCUGACAAAGAGAUUCCCUGGAAAGGCGAGCUUAAUGACUUCUCUGAAGACAAUAAAGUUAAGAGCGAACCAAAUGCUAUUGAUGACACUCUCGCGCUCUUAGAAGACUUGGAAUCAAAAUCCAGGCCAGGUAGACCAGCAAGAACGAACCACAAGAGGAGUCGAAGCCCUGAUGAUGUGUACAACAGAAGAACGGCAAGAAAAGAUAGAAUCAGGUCACGAUCAACAUCUAGGGAUGGUAGGCGAUUAAGAAGGAAAGGUUUAGAGGAAAGGGAUGAAGAUGAAUUUGGCCGCUCACGUCCAAGUAACAAACAUACCCAUCGAAGUGACGAUACAGCCGAUUAUAUCAAGCAAGCGCCAUUUUCGAAAGUCGAUAAUUUCCCUGUGGAAUUCAACAUCUACGAGGGCCAUGUUACCGGCGUCAAGGAUUUCGGAUGCUUUGUCAACAUACAUGGCGUGAAGGGUAAAGUAGAUGGAUUAGUACAUGUUUCUGCAAUGGUUGAGGGUCAGAGAAUCAGUCAUCCAUCAGAUCUUGUAGCCAGAGGUCAGGUUGUCAAGGUCAAGGUUAUUAAGAUUGAAGGUUCUAGAAUUGGUCUAUCUAUGAAGGAAGUUGAUCAAGAAACCGGCAGAGAUUUAGCUCCCCAGACGCAGAUGAAGUCUGGCGCUAAUGCAGAACAGUUGGGUGGAAAAAGAAAUGGACAGGAUCUCCUAGAUGACUCAGGCUUCGUGAUUGAAAAUCAAAUCAACGGCCCAUAUAAAGCUAAAAAGCGCAUGACGUCUCCAGAGAGAUGGGAAGUACGUCAGCUCAUUGCAUCUGGAGUUGUGAAGGCAUCAGACUAUCCGGAAUUAGACGAGGAAUACAAUGCAACUUUAAAUGGAGAUGGUGGAAUGGAAUUAGAGGAGGAGAUUGAUAUUGAAUUACGAGAAGAAGAACCACCUUUUCUGGCAGGCCAAACAAAACAAUCACUCGAGCUGUCGCCAAUUAGAGUUGUCAAGGCUCCCGAUGGCUCCAUGAAUCGAGCUGCGAUGGCAGGCACAAAUCUAGCAAAAGAUAGGCGUGAAUUGCGACAGCAGCAAGCACAAGAUAAGGCUGCUGAAGAAAGUUCCAAAGUUGACUUAUCGUCACAAUGGAAUGAUCCCAUGGUUCAGGCAGAAGAUAGAAAAUUUGCUAGCGACCUCAGAACAGCAAAGCCUGUACCAACCAACGAGGUAGUGCCGGAAUGGAAGAAGGUGACGCAAAAUAAAAAUCAGUCAUUUGGUCGAAGGACGGACAUGACUAUCAAACAGCAAAGAGAGUCAUUACCCGUCUACAGAUUUCGAACAGAACUUAUCAAGGCUGUGCAUGAGAACCAACUCCUCAUUGUUGUCGGCGAUACAGGAUCCGGAAAAACGACACAGUUAACUCAAUAUCUUGCAGAAGCUGGUUUUGCAAACAAUGGUAUUGUAGGAUGUACUCAACCUCGUCGAGUUGCCGCCAUGUCUGUUGCAAAACGCGUUGCCGAAGAGGUAGGCUGCACGCUUGGCCAGGAGGUUGGAUAUACUAUUCGUUUCGAGGAUAUGACUUCAGCAGUUACUAAGAUCAAGUAUAUGACUGAUGGUAUGCUGCAACGGGAAAUCCUGAUGGAUCCGGAUCUGAAAAGAUAUUCAGUAAUCAUGUUGGAUGAAGCUCACGAACGCACCAUAGCGACCGAUGUACUUUUUGCAUUAUUAAAAAAAACCAUUAAGCGACGUCCAGAUCUAAAGAUAAUAGUAACCUCCGCCACUCUUGAUGCUGAUAAGUUUUCGGCUUACUUCAACGAAUGUCCCAUAUUUUCAAUCCCAGGACGAACAUUUCCUGUCGAAAUAAUGUACUCUCGAGAGCCAGAAUCUGAUUAUUUAGACGCGGCAUUGGUAACAGUCAUGCAGAUACACUUGACAGAACCGCCGGGAGAUAUUUUACUUUUCUUGACAGGUCAGGAAGAAAUCGACACGAGCUGUGAAAUACUUUUUGAGCGAAUGAAAGCCCUUGGACCCAGUGUUCCUGAACUCAUUAUUCUUCCAGUGUAUUCGGCCUUACCUAGUGAAAUGCAAAGUAAGAUUUUUGACCCGGCGCCCCCUGGAAGUAGAAAGGUAGUAAUUGCAACGAACAUCGCUGAAACUUCUAUCACAAUUGAUCAUAUCUAUUAUGUUAUUGAUCCAGGAUUUGUCAAACAAAAUGCAUACGAUCCUAAACUUGGCAUGGAUUCGCUUGUAGUCACACCUAUCUCCCAAGCCCAAGCUAAGCAGCGUGCUGGUCGUGCAGGAAGAACUGGGCCUGGAAAGUGCUUUCGUCUUUACACUGAAGCUGCGUUCCAGUCUGAAAUGCUACCAACAUCUAUUCCAGAAAUCCAGAGGCAGAAUUUGUCCAACACAAUCUUGAUGCUUAAAGCUAUGGGUAUAAAUGAUUUGUUACACUUUGACUUUAUGGACCCUCCGCCAACGAACACGAUGUUGACGGCUUUGGAGGAACUAUAUGCCCUAUCUGCCUUAGAUGAUGAAGGUUUGCUGACCCGGCUUGGCCGUAAAAUGGCCGACUUUCCCAUGGACCCUUCGAUGGCCAAAGUUGUAAUUGCUGCUGUUAACCUUGGAUGCUGUGAAGAGAUUCUAAGUAUCGUUGCAAUGCUUUCAUUGCCAACCGUAUUCUAUCGACCUAAGGAGAAGCAGGCUCAGGCUGAUCAAAAAAAAUCCAAGUUUCAUGAUCCUCACGGCGACCAUCUAACCUUGCUCAAUGUAUAUAAUUCAUGGAAGCAAAAUAAGUUUGCAAACCCUUGGUGCUUUGAGAAUUUUAUUCAAGCUCGAUCGAUGCGUCGGGCAAAAGAUGUUCGUGAGCAAUUGGUAAAUAUAAUGGAACGGUACAAACAUCCUAUAGUGUCAUGCGGUCGAGAUACUCAGAAAGUUCGGCAAGCUCUUUGCAGUGGCUUCUUUCGGAAUUCUGCUCGUAAAGAUCCACAAGAAGGAUAUAAGACGUUGAUUGAAGGGACUCCCGUGUACCUGCAUCCCAGCUCAGCCCUAUUCGGAAAGCAAGCUGAAUGGGUCAUCUACCAUACUUUGGUGCUCACUAGCAAAGAAUAUAUGCACUGUACUACAUCUAUAGAGCCUAAGUGGCUAGUUGAAGCAGCACCAUCAUUUUUCAAGGUUGCUCCAACUGACAAGCUUAGCAAGAGGAAAAAGGCGGAACGAAUUCAGCCGCUGUACAACAAAUUUGCCACCGAAGAUGACUGGCGUCUAUCUGCGCAAAAGAGACAGGGUAGAGGAGGUGGCGGCGGAACCUGGGGCUAA